UACCUGACUUUUGUCUUGUAAUCAGCAACUGGCUACAACUCGCACACUGAGACUCACCUCACUCACAAUACGGCCUACGUCAGUGACGGCAACAAUUCAACACCUCGAGACUCACCUAACCCCAUCACGCUCACACGGCACUCAAGACCGCUCUCAACACAAGCAACAGCCUCUCUCUCACUCGCCAAGAUGGCUGCCGCUCUGAGAUUCACCUACCUCCCCAUCAUCCCCUCUCCAUCCCCAACCCCAACCUUCAUGAUCCUCACCCACACCUCUAUCGUCCUCACCGCCGACCGGGUCCCCUCGAUGACAACUGUCGUCAGCCUGGGCCCGAGAGCGGCCUCCUACACCACGGUCUACGUCACCCCAACCACCUCGGCCCCUGAGGAGCCCGAGCACCGGGACCCCGUCUACGGCGACCUCACCUGGUCCUACGUCGUCCUCAUCUGCGUCCCCUUUGUCGUCCUCGCCGUCGCCCUGUACAGCAACCACCGCGACCGCCAUCGCCGCGUCUCCAACCAGGACAUCGAGAUGCAGUCCUUCCAGAAGUUCUGGUUUCCCUGGCGCGAGCUCGACCCGGGUGAGGUACCCAACGAGAUCUACGGCCGAACCGGGUCCCGCCGCAACGCGGACCCAGAGGAGCUCACCAAAGUCGACGACGAGACCGCCAGCGACAACGACUCCGUCACCGCAACGACCGGCCGGGCCUCUCCAGAUAUCGGCCCCUGGAUCAGCAGUGUCCGCGGCGGCGGCAACACCGAGGCCGCUAGCCCGAACCCCUGGGCCGCCCACAUCCCCUCGUACUACGGCAACCUACCCCUCCCCGUGUCCCCCGUCUCCAAGCCCUCUCCCUCUCAGGGCAACGGCGCCACCGGUGCUGGCUCGAGCAACACGGUUGAGGCGCAGGUCCAGGCCGAGAUCCCAACGACUGUCCAGCGCCGCGCCGACCGAAGCCGCAACCGCUUCGACCUCUCCUCCUCCGAGGACGAGACCGGUGGUCAGCCCGCCGAGCCGCAGCACUCUUACUACGCCGACCCUAGCACCAGAGCCGGCAAGCGGCCCGUCAAGCCCUAGAACAGCGACGACGGGCGAGACCAGGUCGAUGGCCCGGACGUGGCGGUAAUCGCAGCUGGAACUUCCGGUACCUCUACCGCCGCCGCCAAGUCCGGAUCGAAAGCCAAAGCUGGGGCUGAGGCCAGACCUGGAGUCAGCUGUGCA